AUGGACCUCAACCUCGAUAAUUUGGCUGCCGUUCUCACCACUGCCUCUGGAAAACAGCGCGGCGCAGAACAGCAGGCCGCCGAGGCCCAAUUGAAGCAGUGGGAAACCGUCCCGGGCUACCAUUUUCUGCUCCAGUCGGUGUACCUAAACACGGACCAUCCUCUACAAAUUCGCUGGCUCGCGAUAAUCUGUCUCAAGAACGGCGUCGACAGGUACUGGCGGUCGACCCGGGUGCACGCCAUCUCCAAAGAGGAGAAAACAGAAAUCAGAAGACACUUUUUUGACUCGCUGGAGGAGUCGAACGACCAGCUCACUAUUCAGAACGCCCACGCGGUUGCGCGCGUUUGCAGACUCGACUUUCCUGCCGAGUGGGGCACCGUGUUCGAGGAGAUCGCCGCGGUGCUCGACACGGCCACCGCAAACAUCGUCAAGGUGCACAACAUGCUGCUCAUCACCAACCAGGUUCUCAAGGCUCUUGCCUCGGUGCGGAUCGGCAGAGCUCGCGCAGCGCUCCAGAAUAAAGUCUCGGUGGUGGUUCCGCACCUGGUGCGCCUGUACCACGGCUUCUUCAACCACUGGACCACAGACGGGAAUUUCGACGCUGCCAGCAUGGAGGUCGGAUAUCUGUGUCUCAAGAACCUGCGGCGGGCCGUGGUAGACGGAUACGAGUACCCGCACCGGGACAGUCUUGUGGUUGAGUUUUACGAGGUGUCGUUGCAGCAUUUGCAGAAACUGCUGCUGCUCCACGAGAGCUCGCAGCUGCCGCUGCUGGAGAGAUAUAUUAAGGCGUACGUCAAGCUGUACGCGAACUUGGUGAGCGACAACGUAGUUGCGUUUGUGCUGAUGCCGAACUCGUACGAGAUCUUCAUGACGAUGCUGUCGCUGCUGGAGUCGAAGGCCAGCGAUAUUUACAACAGCGAGGAGAACGAAUUCUGGGAGCAGCUGGCCAUCAAGAUGAUUUUGGUGCUGAAAAGACUGACCGCGUUUGGGUUCAAAAAGGGCGCCGUCAUGCUCAAGCAGCGGAACGACCAGCAGGAGGUGGCUGCGGCGGCCAAAGCCGUCACAGAGCGGUUUUUCCCGCCGCAGCUCGUGCAGAGCCUUGUCGACCUGCUGAUCACGUGGUAUCUGAAACUGCGCCCGGCAGACGUGGUUUCGUGGACGCUGGAGCCCGAGGAGUGGGUCAACGAGGAGCUGCAGCUCAGCUGGGAGUACCAGAUCCGGCCGUGUGCAGAGAACUACUUCCAGGACCUGGCCGUGUGCUUCAAGCCGCAGCUGAGCGAGUUUAUCCUGCGCAAAAUCGAGAGCACGCUUGCGGACGGCGCCGUGGACGUUUUGACGAAAGACGCGGUGCUGGCGGUGUUCCAGCUGAGCGCGAGCGCGAUCAGCGAGAGCUGCAACUUUGACCAGCUUUUCCGCAGCUAUUUCCUGCCCGAGGCGUUGAAAGACGCUCCCGUCGAGAACAAGCUGGUCAGGCGGCGCGUGUGUCUGAUUGUGAGCGAGUGGUUGUCAAUCCAGUGCUCCAAAGAAACCAGGCUCGAGGUGUACCGGCUCGUGCUGCGGUUCCUGCAGAACACAGACAUCAACGACAAGGUGGUCCGUCUGACGGCCGUGCAGACGCUGCAGCAUCUCGUGGACGACUGGGAGUUCCGCAAGCGCGACUUCCAGCCGUUUCUGUCGGACACCGUGGCGCAGGUGCUCCUGCUGCUCCGGAGCCUCGAGUUCACCGAGAGUAAGAUAUUCGUGCUCAAGGUGCUGUCGCUCGUUCUGGAGCGCACCAACCCGCUCGUGUCGGAAAAAGAGCUGCUGGACGUCAUGGCGAUGGUGCCGGCGAUGUGGGACGAGUCGAACAACGCGAACGAGAUGAUCAUCAAGAACUCGCUGAUGCGGGUGCUCCGCGACCUGACCGCCGCGCUCAACGGCAACAGCAGCAAGGCGCACCCGAUCGUGCUGCCGCUGAUCGCGCUGUGCUGCGACGACAAGUCCGACGUGUACACGCUGCUGUGCGAGGACGGCCUCGAGCUCUGGGAGGCCGUGCUCAAGCACCUGCCUGUGACGGAGGCUGCUCCCGUGGAGCUGGUCAGACUGUUCCCGCUGAGCGUCAAGGCGCUCAUGAACUGGACGGAAAUCCUGCCUACGGUGCUCAAGCUCGCGCGCUCGUACGGUAUCUUGAAUUAUCAGCUAUACGAAACAGAGACCGGGCUCGAGAUCUUCAAGAUCCUGGGCGGCUACCUCAACUCGAUGCGCGACGACGCCGUGUACGUGACGUCGUCGCUGUUGGAGACGCUGUUUCUGCAGGUCGCAGACCCGGGCCGGUCGCAACUGGUGGCGUAUGUGGCGGAAAGCGGGCUGUUUUUCGAGAUGGUGAGGUAUCUGACCAGAGAGUCGCAGACACCCAACUGCGAGAUCAAAAUGGCGCUGCCGCUGCUGCGUCUGCUGCACGCGGGCCCCGUCCACUUCCUCGGCAUGCUCGGCACCGUGUCGGACUCCAGCAUCGCCGUCCAGCUCGCGCAGCUGGUCGACUCGCUCGUCAACCUGCUCAAGCUGGUGUACGACACGAAAAUCAGGAAAAUCUUUGUGCUUGCGCUGUUGGCGCUCUACGCGCCGCCCAUCUUCACACAGUACUGCGCCCAGGACCCCAGUGUCGACCUGGAGUACCAGCUGCUCAACUCCGAGGGCCAGACGGGCAUCAAUCUCAUGCUCUCGAAAAAUUUCAACAGAGUCAUGUUUCUCGUCACACAUCUGCUCGAGGAGGUCAACGAGAACGCCGACGGCGACUGCGCGGCGUACCACAAGCCGUCGUCGUACGACGACGACGACCUCACGCUGAUCGACAACGAGCCGGACGAAAACGAGUACGCGCAAGAGUUCAAGCUGCCUCCGUCCGCGGAGCAGCUGCGCUUCAACGAGCUCGUGUUCAAGCUGGACCCCGUGCACAGAGUCGGCACCAAACACCUUCUCAAGUACCAGAUGGACCAGCUCGCGCGCAUCGACGGGUAUCAGCAACUAAUUGCGUCGGUGGACAGAGAAACUCUGGAACAGCUGCAGAUGAUGAUGAAUAAAUAA